AGCUAUAUUAUUGUGUUGUGCCGAACAUGGUCUUCCAACCCUGGACAGACUGCACUAACCCUUCAAUGCUCCAGUCAGAUCAGAAUAUCAAACUGAAAACCUGUAUGAGGGUGCCAUUGCUGAUACCUCAGGCACUCAGUGCAUUCAGCAUCAAUCCUGACCUGAAGUCCUGGGCCAUUUCUUGUAUGCCCCCACCCCCCAUCAACUACCCUGCACAUGUGUAUAUCAGAGCAAUUUGUGCUGAAAAUUGUGGUGCAUUUUUGUGCAGAAGGGCUGGAACUGGUAGCUUUCCUUCACUGCACCUAUUUGCAUUCUCACUGCUACUGUUGCUUCCACCUAACCUGAAGGUAAGUGUUUACUUACCCUCCAUUAUCUUAUCCAUAGGCCUACUUCAUGAGGGAGCAUCAUAAGGCAAACCCACAGUCAUCCAGGAAACAGUCCCGGAAAGGCAGAGGGGGGUGCAGUCAUUUGCAGUCAGGAAGUGGAGAUUUCAAUUUGUAACCUAGGCUUUGUAUCCCCAAUGCCAGCUGAACACAGGCUGUGCACAGGGAGUCCUCACUUAAAGUUGUGGUUUCAUUCCUGAGAGUUGCAACUUUAAGUGAGUCAUCAAUGUGUUAGGUUUUGGGCAACCUUCCUUUUAAAACCAUUACAACUUCAUAAUCUGUAAGAUGAAAUACUUUACAUUGCUAAACCCUCACAUCACUAAGUGAAGUCACUUUUAAAAUAAAACACAUCUAAAAAAUUUGAAAUAAAAAUGUGACUUCUUGCUUGCAGUACCUCCUGCUUGCACAUUCACAAUCCUAGAACUCCUGGGGAAAUAGCAAACCAAACUUUUAAAAGUGCUUCUCGCACAGAAUUUGUCAAAUGCCACAUCUCCUUUCUUCUCCAAUGCUAUUCUCCUCUCCCCUGUCCCAUUCACUAGGCAGUAGCUACCCUUUCAGCCAAUGUACUGUUAUUUGGUGUAACCUGUCCUCUUCCAUUCCUUUUUAGAAACUCUAGGAAUACUGAGGUUAUUUAUAAUCAAUGAUCUUCUAUGAAAAUGACUUCUGAAGCUGAUCUUGCCUCUGCUGUCCCCAUAUCCCAGCAUCAGAGCAGAUUGGGGAGAGGCUGCAAGUUGGGAUGGGCUUCAAGUCAGAGAGCUGGAGGGGCUGUAGGUCAUGCAGGAAACAAUGAGAUGAUCCUUGCUGCACUCAACUAGAACACUCGCCCUGUGAACUUACUGGAGUUAAAGUGAAGCGACGUUAAAUGGAAAAAUGGGGAGCCAGUUGCUGAGAAUUUUAGGAUGGAAGAGAGCUACCUGCCUCAAGAUUUGCAAGAGGGGCAAGUGAAGGUUUGCACCAAAUUCCUGUCUGUGGAUCCUUACAUGCGAUGCAGGAUGAAUGAAGACACUGGUGCAGAUUAUCUGCCUCCAUGGCAAGUGUCGAGUGUGGUGACUGGUGGAGGAUUGGGUCUGGUUGAAGACAGUAAACAUCAGAACUUUCAGAAAUGCGACGUCGUGACUUCAUUCAACUGGCCCUGGCAGACACGAGCUGUUGUGGACGGGGCUGUCCUGACUAAGCUUGACCCUCAGCUUGUUGACGGGCACCUCUCCUACUUCCUGGGUGCAGUGGGGAUGCCUGGUCUUACCUCUUUGCUGGGGGUGAGAGAAAAGGGGCACGUGACACCCGGUGCCAACCAAACGAUGGUGGUCAGUGGCGCAGCGGGAGCCUGUGGAAUGUUGGCGGGUCAGAUUGGUCGGCUCGAAGGGUGCUCUCGAGUUGUUGGGAUCUGUGGCACUGAUCAGAAAUGUCAGGUCUUGGUCAGCGAGAUCGGCUUCGACGCAGCCAUCAACUACAAGAAGGAUAAUGUUGCAGAGAAGCUCCGGGAAUACUGUCCAGCUGGAGUGGACACCUACUUUGACAAUGUUGGAGGGGAUAUCAGCAACACCGUUAUAAGUCAGAUGAAUCCAAACAGCCACAUCAUCCUUUGUGGACAGAUCUCCCAGUACAAUAAAGACGUGCCUUAUCCCCCUCCGCUGCCCCCUCCCACAGACGCUAUCCUGAAGGAGAGGAAUAUCACCAGAGAAAGAUUCCUGGUGCUGAAUUAUACAGAAAAGUUUGAUGUGGGUGUGGUCCAGUUGAGCCAAUGGCUAAAGGAAGGAAAGCUGAAGGUUCGUGAGACAGUGGUGAAAGGACUGGAAAACAUUGGAGCUGCCUUUCAGUCCAUGAUGAAAGGAGGAAACAUUGGGAAACAGAUUGUCCUGGUCUCUGAUGGUAAUAAAAGUGCCCAGUCACCCUGAUGAACCCAGCACCUGGCAUGUUGAAGGACACCACAACUAUUGUUGCAGUUGUGGCUGGCAGUGCCAUUGUUGGCCUGACUCUGUAAUGAAAUUAAGACACUGAUGGUUUCUCUCUGCUUUGUCGUUGAAUAGCUGGCAAGGAGAGAAACUUGAUGAUGCACCACCAAUGGAUGCAGUUUGGGUUAGGUUCAGCCUACCCUUCUCUGGCAUGCACCUUCACUGGAUCCUACCUGCUGUUUAGAUGUACAUGUAGAAAACUAGUUCACACCAAAAUAAAACCCUUGUGAACAGUUUGA